AUGAGUGCUUUUGGGCAAAUCCUAACCGAGAUUGGGCAGUUUGGACUGUUUCAGAAGCGCCUGGUGGUGGCCAUUAGUGUCCCCAACAUUUUCAUGGCGUUUCAUAUGUUUGCCCAGGUGUUCUCCGGCAUUAGCGUCCCACAUUUCUGCAAAAGUGACUGGAUCUUGAAGAUCAAUUCCAGCCUAACAAAGGAGGGACAGAAAAACCUAACUAUUCCCAGAGAUGAGGGUGGCUUCUUUGAGAAGUGUGAGAUGUAUACCCCGGCUAACCGGAGCUUGGAGAACAUUGAAAACUACGGGCUUAAUGAGACCAUCAAGUGCAAUGAUGGAUGGGAAUAUGAGAGCCUGCAGUACAGUUCAACGUUAGUAACUCAGUUUGAUCUGGUUUGUGACAGCAGUCAGCUGAACGAGAUCUCACAGUCACUAUACAUGGCUGGUCUCCUUGUGGGGGCCCUGACCUUCGGUCCUCUAGCUGACAGGUUUGGUCGCCGUCCAAUUAUCAUGAUCUCAGUUUUCUUGCAAGUUGUUUUUGGAACGGCAGCAGCAUUUUCACCAAAUUUCUAUGUCUAUAUGGCCUUUCGUUUUAUAAUUGGGUCUUCUAUAUCAGGAGUAAUGAUAAACUCACUUACUUUAGGCACUGAAUGGUCCGGAGUGAGUAAACGCUCAUUAGCAACUAUAAUUACACACUGCUUUUCUGGUGUUGGCUUGAUGACAUUGGCCGGCAUUGCUUAUGGUGUUCGUGACUGGAGAAUACUGCAGCUUGUGCUGUCUCUUCCUGCUGCUGUUCUUGUAGUUUAUUACUGGAUUCUUCCUGAAUCUGCUAGGUGGCUUCUGACACAAGGGAGAACUGAAGAGGCCAAGAAGAUUAUAGCAAAUGCAGCACAUGUCAACAAACGGAAGGUGCCCUAUGAACUGCUGGAAAAGAUGGAAGUUGAGAAGUCAAGCAGAAGUGGGAGCAUGUUGGAUCUUUUCAGGAUAUCCCGUCUAAGGAAAAUGACGCUAAUUAUGUGCUAUGUCUGGUUAGUCAACAGCCUUGUAUAUUAUGGACUGGGACUCAACGUAGGAACCUUCGGGCUUGAUAUAUAUUUAACCCAAUUUAUUUUUGGAUUGGUGGAGAUACCUGCAAGAAUUGGAUGUGUCCCCCUCAUUGAGAAGUAUGGAAGAAGGAAAUGUCAGAGCUUUUUUCUGGGCCUGGGUGGAAUUGCUUGCCUUGUAAUUUUAGCUGUCCCUGAAGGUGUACCUGUUGCUGUUACUGUCCUUGCUGUUCUUGGAAAAUUUGCCAUUUCUUCUUCUUUCUCUAUUUGUUAUGUGUAUGCUGCAGAACUGUUCCCAACUGUUUUAAGACAGAAUGGUAUUGGGUUGACAUCCAUGGCUGCCCGUGUGGCUGGAAUCAUUGCACCCAUGAUCAGACUACUAGAAGUGUAUCACAAGUCCAUUCCAAUGGUGAUAUAUGGAGUAACUCCAUUGCUGGGAGGAUUGCUUUGCUUUUUCUUGCCCGAGACCCUCAACAAGGAGCUGACAGAUUAUGCAGAUGAGUUUGUCCAGUCCAAUCAGAGCACAAAGAAUAAUAAUAAUGAAAAACCUUGCCAACAAUACGAAAACCCUCAACACAUAAUAAAAAGCAGUUGGCUGUAAUAGUGUUGCAACACGAACACUCACCUGACUUUAUAGUUGUUAACAAUUUCUUGC